CUCAAGUUUCGUCUAUAUUAAAAAGCACCCUCUACCAUGUACGCGCACUGCGCCACGACCUUUAAUGGGCGCAGCUUCCCUGGAACCCAAUUACUCCCCCAACUUCGAACAGAGAGUAUCUCUGUCUGACUUCGCUAAACGAACAACUUUUUUGACAUUUCUGACGAGCAUUCAGAGAAAAACCCGUGAUAACAAUGUAAUUCGCGCGAUAUUCAACCCGACGCGGCGAAAAAAUUCUUUUGUAAAUUUGAUAAAACUACGUAAGAUGUGAAACCUGUUUACCUUGGAGGUGUUUGUCAUUCGUGAAAGUUUUACCACUUUAAACAAUCUCUAUAAAUGCUUUGUUGUCUAUCGAGGGUGGUUCGUAAAAAGGUAUACGAUGUUCCGUAAGUGGUGUUUGUCACAAAAACCAAAAAACCAGUGAAUUAGAAACGGAUUUAAUUGAAUAUUAAAUUCCUCCUUUCAUCCAUUGGGACUAAUCUUUACAAGUGUACUGUGGAUCUACGAUGAUCAUGUAUACAGUCGCGGAAGAUCACAUGGGCGAUACCGAAAUCGCACAGGUGAUAGCAUUUAUAUGUGGAAUAAUAGUGAUACUGUUGAUGAUAAUGGGUUUAGCCUCUACAGAUUGGUUAAUGGCAUUAGGAUGGAGACAGGGUCUGUUUGCACAUUGCAUAGAAGAAGGUGCUCCUACACCUGUACCAUUUAAUUUGCCAGAUACAGCUGGAUGUUAUCAGGCUAGAGAUGUUGCCUACAUGAAAGCAGCUGCUGCCUUGUGCGUGGUAUGUUUAUUAACAGAUAUUGCUGCAACAAUUCUCACUGGUCUUGGUUUAAGAUCUCAAGAUAACCGUGAGAAGCAUAGGUAUUACAGAUUUGCAGUCUUCUGUAUGGGUUUUGCAUUGGUGUCCCUCCUAAUAGCCUUAGUAGUAUACCCAGUGUGUUUUGCUACAGAACUUAAUCUCGGAAAUCGAACGUCUUGGGAAUUUGGUUGGGCAUACGGAGUUGGUUGGGGUGCAGCUAUAUUUUUGUUCGGUGGAGCUGUGUUGUUAUUAUGCGAUAAAGAAAGCGAAGAAAUUUAUUACAAAGAACGAAAGAUCGUACGCGACGAUAUCGGCGGUGGAGGUUCUAUGAUUGGAAUGGGACAUCAUGGUGGACGAAGUGGGACGCAAUUAGCCUAGUGGCAUUGCUCCCUGCCCGACGUUGUUCUCUAGGUGAUUAACAUUUUCUUUUUCUGUCCUCACCAUUUGAUAUAUAUGUGAAGAAACGUACACACGUAUAAGAGCAAAUGGUUUUUAUACAUAUGGUGUACUUGUUAUGACAGCAUAUAUUGGACAUAAUUAUCACUUUGAUAUAGAACGUUUAAAACAUCAGUCCAUUAUUGGAUGUUUGACGAAACGAGGUUUGUAAGUUGACUGAGACUUGAUAAAUUUAUUCAUGGGUUACCAAUUUUCACGUUUUUCAUAGCAACAAUUUCGGGACCAUUGUUAUUUUUAGUUUACUGUAGUAUUGUUUCUUGUGUAUAUUAUAUAAUUACAAAUAUUUUUUACACGGUA